AUGAACCCGCUCGUACUUACAAUCCUCCUAUCUAGCCUGGGGCUAGGAACCACCCUAACCUUUGCCAGCUCUCACUGACUCCUGGCUUGAAUGGGCCUAGAAAUUAAUACACUAGCAAUCACCCCUUUAAUAGCACAACACCACCACCCCCGUGCAGUAGAAGCAACUACAAAAUACUUCCUAACCCAAGCCACCGCAGCAGCAAUAAUCCUAUUUGCAAGUACAACAAAUGCCUGACUAACCGGAGAGUGAAGCAUCAACGACCUCUCAACCCCCGUCGCCAGUACAAUAUUUAUAACAGCCUUAGCACUCAAAAUUGGACUCGCACCAAUACAUUUUUGAAUGCCAGAAGUACUACAAGGGUUAGACCUAUUAACAGGACUUAUCCUGUCUACCUGACAAAAACUCGCCCCAUUCGCACUCAUUAUCCAAACAGCACAAACCAUUGACCCACCACUACUAACACUACUAGGAGUCAUAUCCACACUAGUUGGAGGCUGAGGAGGACUAAAUCAAACCCAGCUACGAAAAAUCCUAGCCUACUCUUCAAUUGCACAUAUGGGAUGAAUAAUUAUUGUAAUCCACUACGCCCCACAACUAACCCUAAUUGCACUAGGAACAUACAUUAUCAUAACCUCCGCAGCAUUUCUAGCCCUAAAAAUACUACUAACAACCAAAAUUAACACACUAGCAACAACCUGGUCAAAAAGCCCUAUCCUGACACUAACAACCGCCCUAGUCUUACUCUCAUUAGGGGGCCUACCACCACUCACAGGAUUCAUGCCGAAAUGAUUAAUCUUACAAGAACUGACAAAACAAGACCUUCCUAUUAUCGCCACAACCAUGGCCCUAGCCGCCCUAAUCAGCUUAUACUUCUACCUGCGCCUGUGUUACGCGAUAACACUAACCAUAUCCCCCAACAUAAUUAACUCAACCACCCCCUGACGAACUCAAACAACCCAAACCUCUUUAUCUCUGACCAUGCUUACGACAGCCGCCCUGGGAUUGUUGCCGGUAACUCCAACCAUCCUAAUACUAACCGCCU